GGCCAACGCAAUCGUAAACAAAGGUUGGCUAAUGGCUUGGGAUUGCGAGCAAGCCAUUGGUCGACGCCACAAUCGACGCUCAAAGCACGCAGUGACGUCACGUGGCGGUGACAAGGCCGAUGGCCGCCGAAUGCCGAUCAUUGCCGAUGGGCGAUGGCAGUCUCGCUGUCGCUACAAAGGGAGAGCUUUGGUCGCACUCCGCUCGUUGUUGUGUAUUGGCGUUGAGAGUUAAUUGUCCAACAUAUUUUGUAAUGUUUUGGUCAAAUGACCACAUUUUGGAAUUUGUGGAACUUUACAAGAAUGAAGAAGUCUUAUGGGAUCCAAAACAUACUUCACAUAAAAACAGAAAUGAAGUUUCCUAUGCAUGGGAACGUAUACGAGAAAACAUGAGUAUAGAAUGUACUGUUGUUGACUUAAAAAAGAAAAAAGAGUCUUUGAUGACGGGGUUUCGGAUCCAUAUUAAGAGAAAGAGAAAGAAUCCCGACUACCGGACUUCGUGGUUUCCGUUUUCGGCAAUGGAGAGUUUUCUUGGCGAGAGAUAUGAGUGUGAUAGCACACAUCAAAGUGAAACAGAGUUCUAUGACACAUACAAUACGAGUCAGACGGGCGACCCGUUACAAACAAUAUCAAACCCAUCGACUUCCGAACGACAGGGUACUGUGAAGCAGCAUAAACCACCACUAAGAAAACCAAUACUGAAGCAUCAACAUCAAAUAAAUCGAAACGCAAAGAAAGCAAUAAACGAUAGUUCACAUGAACAAAGUUAUAACUUUGAUAGACAAGAGCUAGAUGAAUGUGAUUUAUAUUGUCAAUUACUUGCGAAAAAAUUAAGAAGGCUGGACGAGCAUCAACGAGAUGUUGUUAUGCACGAAAUAGAUAACUUAAUAUUUAACGCGAAAAUGGAAUCAUCGCAUGUGAAUUACUCAGAUUCUAUAUCACCAGGCCCCCCAAGGAAGAUAAAAUCUCCCGUUUUCAUUAUUACCCCAACGGGUAAUAACCAGUUUGAUGAAGAGAAUUCAAUGUAUCAGGAACAAAAUGCUACUUGAAAGUACAUACUUUAAUUCACUACAGUGUUAAAAAUUGUAUAUAAUAAACACAAUAUUAUACAAGUUUUAGUGUUUUUGGAUUA